AUGACUGUUUAUGCAACUGUGGUAAUUAUCAAUAAUACUAAAAAAUUCAAUUUCGUUACUAAGGAUAAAGGAUUCACCUGGGGUCGUAUGCAAGACGAAACUGAAGAACUUAAAGAUAUUGGACCUGGUAGUGAAACCAGGGUUGGAGUUCAAGGUAGACAAGAUAGUCCCUCUGGUGUUACUGGAUGGUUCAAAUAUGUUGUACGUGGAACUGAAAAAAUCGGGGAAUUUAAGGUUAAUUUUGAUUGUCCAUGGGCACCAGCUGAUACAAACAAAGGUCAUGUUGAUACUACUAAUUAUGGAGAUGUUUAUAUUAUCAACAAUACUGUUGAUAUCGAAAAAAAUACUUUCACUUAUACUGUAGGAAAUGAAAAUAAUACCGAACAUAUUCAAGGUUAUCUUGAAUUAAAUCAAAAUGUUAAAAAAUCACAUUUUGAAAGCCAUUUCCAUGCUGGAGAGCGAUUUGGUACACAAACUCAGGCAAUUGAUGUGUAUAAACGUGGUGCUUAUUUUGAUAAAUUUGACACACAUAUCCGAGGCCCUUAUACCUCUGGCAAUAAAAAAUUUGAUGGUUGUAAAAAUGAUAUAUAUUCAUGA